AAUGUUGCUAUUGCUGUUCCAGUGACGGGCCAAGAUGGUCGAAGGAUGACAACAUACAACUGUCAACUGGUGCAAACGGCUGACAUUUCCAAGAGAUUGGAGGGAAAAUGUCUCAUAUACAGUAUGUGGACGAGUUGGUCAAGGAGUACUUGCUGUUCAGGGGCUUCAGUCAGACCCUGAAGGCUUUCGACAACGACUUGAAGGCGGAAAAAGAGAAGGGAUUCAGGAUAGACAAGAUAGUCGAUCAGCUGAUGCAGUACAUAUACAAUUACGACCUGGUGUCGCUGAGGGAACUGUGGGGACACUUGGACACUCGAAUGUUCUGUCGACUGGAGAGUCACUUCACACCUGCGAUCAGGAAACUGGAGAACUCAGUGCUGAAAAUGUACCUGGUGAAUGCAGCGGUGAACGGCAAGCAGGAUAAGAUCCAGGAGUUUUUUAACAAAAUGGCAUCAGAAUUACAAGGGCAUUCAGAGUGGAAAGAGUGGUUUGCGUUUCCGUUUGUCAAAAAUCCUGAGGACAAUCCGACUUACUCCGUUCAUUUUAGCAAACAGUGGCACGACACUAUGUUGGUAUCCUUACACAAUUUCCUAGCAACGAUUUUUCAAUGUAUGCCGCAGCCGACGUUACUCACGAUAGACGAGGACACAAAUAAACUGAAACGAUUGCAGGAGGAGAACGAAGCGCUGAGGCAACGGCUGAGCGAAUCCGCUAAAAUAGACAACAUAUCGGACGUGAAUCCGGGCCCAGUACCCCAACAUCCCCCGCUCAUGGAUGAUUUUUACAUUAUUGCUCAAGAGUCGCCAUUGCUGGAGAAUCCUAAGACACUGAGGAGCCUCAUAAGGAACAUAGGCGGUGGAUCUAGCCCGAUUUUAAACAGGAAACCCGCAACAACCGUGAAAAAGUUUACGGAACCCGAGACGAGCUCAACGAAACGGACGAAUACGAAGGGACGAGUUAACUCGAUCAGCAAGUCCGAGUCAGCGGUCGCAAAGAGGAGCAUUAGCUGUGAUUCGCGAUUGAGCAGCUCCAGGAAAAGAGAUUCUUCCAUGGAUACCGCAGUUGCCGAGAGGAAAACCAAGGAGAAGAUAGACUCUAGUUACAUCCUUCUAAGUCAGGAGGAAUACACGGAGCACAAGACCUCGAUAAUUCAGUGCAAGAGCAACGCCAGCGGUUCGUACGUCGCGACGGGCGACGCCGACGGUAUCAUCAAAGUGUGGACGCCGAUUCCCUCACCAAAAACUGUCACCACGUUCACCUCCGCUGCGACGAACGCCAACAAAGCUAUCACCUCGUUGGAUUGGAUAUCGAAGAACGAGCGUUACUUCCUGCACGGGGACAACAACGGCUUGAUCCAGCUGCACGAUACGCGCGACUGCAAAACGCUCUGGGACAUCCAGCACGAGAACUCGCGGAUCGUCACCCUGAUCUGCAAUCCCACGGAAUCGACGUUCGUCUGCUCCGUGUCGGACGGCGUCGAGAAUAAGCUGCUGCUGUACGACAUAAAAACGCGGAAGCUCGAGAGAACCUUGCCGCUGGAGCAGAACGUCACUGCUCUGUGCUCCGCGUUCAAUCACAACGGCCAGUUACUCAUCACGGGGCUAUCCAAUGGCAAUAUGCUGAUACACGAUCUCAGGAGAAACGAGAUAAUCGACAAUCUCAACUGCCACUCUAGCCCGAUUAUCGAUAUAGAAUUGAUCAAUGACUUUACGAACAUAUGCGCGCAAAGCGAGGACGGAAAACUAUGCCAAAGAAGCUUGAAUCACUCCGGGAAGAUCUUGUGGGAAACGAAGAUCAAGAUCGAGAAGAAUCCCGUUCACGGAAAACUGUUCACUUUUGACCAGAGCGGAAGUUACAUGUUGCUCUGCACGCAGACUGGAGGAAAUAUAUAUAAAAUGCCACCGGGCGCGCAAGGGAAAAUUCUAGAGCUAGGCGGGCACAAGGGCACCCUAUGCUGCGACUGGUCGACUGCCAAUCAAUCCGGGACUUGUAUAACCGGGGGCGCGGAAGGAAAAGCGCGAGUAUCGACGCUACUCUCACCAUGAUAUAGGAAUAAAAUUAGCAUCUGUAUAAAUUCGUAAGGCAAACUGGAUAUUUACCGAUAUGAUAUUAACGAAAGAUUUUGUAGAUAUUAUUUUAAUCGUUGUGUGAAACACUCGCAAGUGACUGUGAAAUAAGGAAGUCGGAUUAAGUUUUAGGACGUUACGAUUAAAUAUUGCCAAAGCAUUGGUAACCCGUGUAAAGAGAAAUCUCGAUAUAUUUUAUGAAGAGUACAAUGAAUGCCAAGGUUGCGGACACAUCGCGAUAGUUACACAAGAGUAGCGAUUGUAAUAUAAUAAUAACGGUCUUUUAACGAGCAAUCAGGGACUAUCAAAUGUAAAAUGUACAGAGAAUACUGUAAUUAUCGGGAUAAUCAAGCAAUCUCUGAGAUUAUUACAUGACAAUUUUCUUCAAUUUUGUAAUAUAUUAAAGAUGCGGGAGCGAGAAAAAGACAACGCGGUCUCAUGUAAAGAAUUAGAAUUAGAAAGAUCGAACGUGUACAAGAAAUCAAGAUAAUGUCAAUAAAAAGCAAGUCAAUUUU